AAGAAUGCGCGUCAGUUCGUGCCUAAGCGUCUGUGCGUAUACUCUGUACGCUAUAAGUCCGCGCGUCAAAAAACGCGCGUGUGCGUCAAUAUCCGGUUAUCUGCGUACUGUUAGUAAAUAAACCAAAAAGACAAAUUAAAUCAAAAUAAAAUGCGGGCAUUAAUUCUUAUAAUUCCUUUAUUAAGUUUAACCAAAGGUCAGUCUUCUCCAGAAGAGCUGUGUAAAGACAGAAUAUCAGACGAAUAUUUCAGAUUAAAAGCUGAACCGGAAGGAGAUUGCAGAGAUGUUGUCAGAUGUGAUAGAGCCGGUGUAGCCGGGACAAUUAGGCUGGCUGCCGUCAGAUGCCCUUCAGGACUUGCUUUCGAUAUUGUUAAACAAACCUGCGAUUGGAAAGCAAAAGUAAACAACUGUGACAGCCUUUCAAAGCCGCGUCGUGUUCUGCCCAACCUGAAAACUGACGAACCGGUCUGCGCCGACGGUCUGCUGCAGUGUGGAAAUGGAGAGUGUAUUUCCAAGGCUUUGUUUUGUGACGAGCAGCUGGACUGUGCCGAUGGUUCUGAUGAGAAUGCAUGCAGUGUAGAUCAGGAUCCGAAUCGAGCAGAUGAUUGUGAUCUUUCACAAUGUCAGCUGCCAGACUGCUUCUGUUCACCAGAUGGAACCAGAAUUCCGGGAAACCUCGAGAAAGAAAAUGUUCCACAAAUGAUAACGAUCACGUUUAAUGGAGCUGUUAAUUCAGAUAACUUGGACCUUUAUCAGGAUCUCUUUAAUGGAAAGCGGUUGAACCCAAAUGGUUGUACUGUAAAGGGAAGUUUCUUUGUGUCUCACAAGUACACAAACUAUUCUGCAGUACAGGAACUUCACAGACAAGGCCAUGAAAUUGGAGUGUUUUCAAUUACUAACAAGGAUGAAGCUGAUUACUGGACUGGUGGUAGCUAUGAUGAUUGGCUAGCGGAGAUGGCUGGAGCACGGUUAAUUGUUGAACGCUUCGCGAACAUCACCGAUGGAUCUGUUAUAGGAGUGCGAGCCCCCUUCCUCAGGGUUGGAGGCAACAAGCAGUUUGAGAUGAUGGCUGAUCAGUUUUUCGUUUACGACACGUCGAUCACUGCCGCAUUGUCCCGUGUACCCAUCUGGCCAUACACCCUGUACUUCAGAAUGCCGCACAAGUGCCACGGGAACGCAAUGAGCUGCCCCAGCCGGUCCCACCCUGUAUGGGAGAUGGUGAUCAAUGAGUUGGAUCGACGAGAUGAUCCAACCUUUGACGAAGAUCUGGCCGGAUGCCAUUUAGUUUCCUCCUGCUCAAAUAUUGCUGAUAGAUCUCAGUUUGGUCGUCUUCUUCGACAUAAUUUUAACAGACAUUACAGUACAAACAGGGCCCCCCUGGGACUACACUUCCACGCCUCCUGGUUGAAGUCGAACAAGGGGUUCAAGGAGGAGCUCAUCAAGUUUGUUGAGGAGAUGAAUGCUAAAAGUGAUGUUUACUUCGUCAACAUGGUUCAGGUUCUUCAAUGGAUCCAGAAUCCUACUGAAGUGUCUGCUCUCAGGGAGUUUGAUAUCUGGAAGGAAGCAUGUGAAGUCGUGGGUCAACCUCUCUGUAGCCUGCCCAGCCCUUGUCCUCUGACUACUAGAGAGCUUCCAGGAGAGACCCUGAGGCUGCAUACAUGUGUUGAAUGUCCUGCUAACUACCCCUGGAUCCUGGAUCCAACAGGAGACGGAUUCUCUUUCAAGAAAUAAACCUCCGGAUUGAUUUCAAAAAAAAUAUUUGAUUUCAAAUUAAAAAUGUUGUUUUAUUGUAUUUUUGUUUUAUUGUUUUUUUGUGUUCUCCUUCUCAUAGAACAUUUCAACAGUUUAUCAGUAUUAUUUACAAAUAAAAGAAUUAAUUUCA